GGUGGCGGUAAAGCGACCAGUCGCAACUUCUCCAGCCGCCAGGAAACACCGAAGUAGAAAAAGACUCGACAGCAUUCUCAGCUUUAGCUUACAGAGCUACUAUUCAGAUUAAAUAAUUUCUGACAGAGUUUUGCAGUUCGAUAGAAUUAAAAUAAAAGCACGUUAUUGUGUCUAUUUCUGAGGAUUUAAAACCUCGUUCUGCUUUAAAAACCUGAGAGGUGUUAUAAUGAGAUCAGCAGGAAACAGACCACGCUCCUCCAGGAAGUCUUGGGUUCCUGAUCCUGCUCCUUCACAGCUGUGUGAGGACGUGAAAACAGAGACUUCAGAUGGAGGAACAUCCGAAGUGUCAGAAGUCUGUGUGAAGAAAGAGGAGCCGCUGGAGCUGAACAUCUACAGCCAUGGAGAUGAUUUCAACACCACACCUGAAGUUAUUUCCAUUAAAGAGGAAGAUCCUGACAAUAAAGACUCCCUCUACUGUGAGGUUUGCAAAUCCUUCUUCUUCAACAAGUGUGAGGUUCACGGACCGCCCCUCUUCAUCCCUGAUACUCCUGUUCCCAUGGGAGUCCCUGACCGAGCCAGACAAACUCUUCCUCCUGGAAUAGAGAUUCGGAAGUCCGGUAUUCCUCAUGCAGGUCUGGGGGUGUUUAAUAAGGGGGAGACUGUUCCAGUAGGUGCACACUUCGGACCCUACCAGGGAGAGCUGGUAGACAGAGAGGAAGCCAUGAGCAGUGGAUAUUCCUGGGUGGUCUACAGGAGCGGGCAGCGUGAAGAAUACAUAGAUGCCAAGAGAGAGAUGCAUGCGAAUUGGAUGAGGUAUGUGAAUUGUGCUCGUAAUGAUGAAGAGCAGAAUCUUGUGGCUUUUCAGUAUCGAGGAGGGAUUCUGUACCGUUGCUGUCGACCCAUUAACCCAGGACAGGAGCUCUUGGUGUGGUAUGAAGAGGAGUAUGCUAAAGAUCUCUGCCCUGCAUUUGAUUGCCUCUGGAAUAAAAAGUGCUCUUCAGAUGAAGUAGAUAAUGCCUUGAUGCAAGUCUUCACCUGCUCCUUGUGUCCACUGUCCUAUACAUCUCAAAUUUACCUCCACAAGCACAUCUGGAGAUGCCACUAUGAAGACUAUGUGAGACUGCAGGAAUCAGGGGAGAUUAAAUAUAAGAUUCUAAUUCCCAGAAAAGGCUCCAGACGUCAGCCAACAUCAUCUGAUUCUCUCAGUUCUGACACUUCUCACAAUGAUAUACAGAAGGAAAUUCACCACUUCUCAGACUGUGGAAAGAGUUUUAGUCAUCAGGGUGCUCUCCAGGAACACCCGCACGUUAAGAUGCAAGAGAAGUCGUAUCACUGCCCACAGUGUGAGAAAUGUUUUUCUGACCAAAGUAAUAUAAGAAAACAUCAGCACAUUCACACAGGAGAGAAGCUGUAUCACUGCUCAGAGUGUGGAAAGAGGUUUACUAAGAAGGGUAGUCUUCAGAUACAUAAGCGCAUUCACACAGGAGAGAAGCCGUAUCACUGCUCCCAGUGCGGGAAGAGAUUUAAUCAACAGAGUGAUCUUCAACGACAUGAGCGCAUUCACACAGGAGAGAGAUCUUAUCAUUGCUCACAGUGUGCGAAGAGUUUUAAUCAGCAGAGUCAUCUCCAAGUCCAUGAGCGCAUUCACACUGGAGAGAAGCCGUAUAACUGCACACAUUGCGGCAGGAGUUUCAGUCAACACAGUGAUCUUCAACGACACAAGCGCAUUCACACAGGAGAGAAGCCGUAUCACUGCUCCCAGUGUGAAAAGAGUUUCACUCAACAGAGUAAUCUCCAAAAACAUCAGAGUGUUCAUGCAGUAGAGAAGCCAUAUCACUGCUCCCAGUGUGGAAAGAAUUUUACUCAACAGAAUCAACUCCAACGACACAAGCGCAUUCACACAGGAGAGAAGCCGUAUCAGUGCUCACAGUGUGGAAAGAGUUUCCCUCAACAGAAUCAACUCCAACUACACCAGCGCAUUCACACAGGAGAGAAGCCGUAUCACUGCUCACAGUGUGGAAAGAGUUUCAGUCAACUGAGUACUUUACGAAGACACCAACUCAUUCACACUGGAGAGAAGCCGUAUCACUGUUCAUGGUGCGGGAAGAGUUUUACUCAGAAGGGUAGUCUUAAGAUACACCGGCGCAUUCACACUUGAGAGAAGCCGUAUCACUGCUCCCAGUGUGGGAAGAGUUUUAAUUAUUUUAUUUUGUUUAAGACCCAUAAGUGCACUAACACAGUGCCAUAACAUGAUUUGAAUUUCUCAAAUUAAAUAUGAUUUUAUCAUUAUGGUUUGGGCUUAAAUUAUAUGUUUAAGCAGUAUUAAUGUAUUUGAUUUAUCCUGACUUUCUGUGUAAGGCAAAUCACUUAAUGUUAAUGUAAUAAUUAAUAUGAUUAGUCUAAUGUUUCUUUCUGAUUUUAAAUGUUUAUAGCAAAAAAUUCAUAAUGUCUGUGUAGAUGACAAGUGCAAGACUAUUGUUAGUACAGUAUCUACUGUAGCAUAAGACUAAAGCAGGGCUGGUGGGAAGCACAUCCUGAGAGUAAGAGUAGAAACCGUACAUCUCACCAUCUUCAGUAAAACUCUUUAUGCCAAUGAUCCCAUUCUUCUACCCAUUUGCGUUAGAGGAAAUCACGCUGCUGCCUGGUAAAGAAUUGUUUACACACCUGCAUUAUCGUGUAUUUACAUCACAAGUGCAGCGAAGGGGGUUUAUAGAGUGAGUGUAUAUAGAGCUAUAGUAGAAGUAUUAGUUAAGUGGCAGAGUCUGGACUUGUACCAGAUGUGUUAGGUUGGAUGCAGGAUGGUGGGUGUGGGUCUCUUAACAUUCAGGGAAAUUGCAGUCAGAGAGAGAAACACCAGGCGAGCCAUUCUCUUGAGACCCUUACAUACAGUAUCUGGUGGUGUGGUAGGCUUCUGGCAGAUGUCAACAUUCACACAUGCCAUGGUCCAGACUGAGGUGGGCAUUUUACCUUGGUGACAGCAGUGCCUGAAUCCACCAGUGAAAGUAACAGAAAUGCCCCGAUUUCUGCCACCUCCAUCUUAAUGUUGCGUACAUUGCUUGUAGCCUGAGUGAACUCUCCUGCAUCAAAGUAUGCAUGUAGGAGAUUAACUGGGUUACCAUAGUCUGUACUCGAGGUGUCCUCUUGGUGACAUUGUUCCCAGCCUGGCAUUCCCUCUGGUGUAAGGGAGCUAGCAUCUGACUAUGGCUAGUCUUGGAAUUAGUGGGCCAGUAUGGUAGUGGUUUGCUUUUUACCUGGAGAGACACUCAUAUCAGGUGUGACAUGGGGGGAAUCCACAUCUUCUCCAUGCAGACCUUCCACUGGUGUCGCACAAGACUCAGUACUGGGUCCUACUCUGUAUUCACUCUAUAACUACUGUGACUUAAAUUUUUUUAUUAUUAUUCAUAUAAUGAGUCUUUAUUGGUCACAUAUACAUAUGCACAGUGAAAUUAUUUUUCUUCGCAUAUCCCAGCAUGUCAGGAAGCUGGGGUCAGCCAUGAUGCAGCGCCCCUGGAGCAGAAAGUGCUGGGCUUGAACCCCAGACCUUCCGGUCAGUAGCCCAGGGCCUUAACCACUAAGUCACCACUGCCCAUAUUAUAUAUAUAUAUAUAAACUUCUUUGCCGUUGAUGUUUGAGUAGUUCUGGACAGUCAACUCCUGCUAGGUCUGUCUCCUUGUACAGUCUUACCCUUAAAACUGAUCCAGAAUGCAGCUGCAAGGCUUGUUUUCAAUCUCCCCAAGUCUUUCCAUGUCACCAGAUUGUUGUGUUCCCUCUUCUUGCUUCCUGUUGUUGCCCGUAUCACAUUAAUAUAUUGAUAUUUGCAUAUGAAGUAAAAAAAAAAUGUUUAAAAAUUGAUCUUUGUCCUGGCACCCAAGUGGUGGAUUAAACUUCCCCUGGGUGUCUGAAGCUUACUUGACUGCGCUGCUCAGCCUGAUGGUAAAUUUGUUCUCAAAGUGACGGCUUCCAUCAGAGUAGUUUCUUCAGUAGUUCUGUUCACCAGCACAGACAGUCUCCACUGCUGCAGUUUUCCUCAUCAAAUCAAUGAUCUGUGCGCAAAAGCAGAUAGAGUACGAUUCAUGCCACUCUUUUUUUUAUUUCACAUCAUCUACGAAAUGCUGCACAACAUUCAUAACUGUUCCAGAGUCUCCUUUUUUGGUGCCUCUCCAGAGGCGGUCAUUACCAUACCUGAUGUCUCUUCUGAGGGACUUGUUGUGACAGAUCCCACUCAGCAAGGACACACUGUCUCUAGUUAAGUGUGUUGCCCACAUCUAGUUAAGCUAGAAGCUUAAUGACACUGUCUGCACUGAAAAAGCUCCUGCCUGCCAAUGUGUCUUCAGUGUGUCAAUGCUUUGCUGGAACUAGAUUCUAGGCAACUGACCAUGUGUCAGAGUCUUGUUACUUUUAUUAUAGAAUAUGAAGAAUGCUUACUAGUGUUUCUUACGAACCUGCACAUUAUCACAAGUAAACAUGGCCUCACAGUUAGUUUGGUGCGAAUGAAUGAACAAGAUAAAUUGCUGAUUACAGCCUUCAGUCAGAUGAUUUCUAUACAGUGUCUUCCAUGUGAGAAGAGUAUUACUGACUAUGCUGUACUACAUGACUAUGUUGGUGUGUGGACUUGAUCUGAGCACUGGUUACUUUAGAGUAUGCAUUAUGCUCAACACCGCCUCUAGACAUCAAGAAUUUACAGCUAUAUUCAAUAAUUGUGUGUAAUUUUGCCAGUAAUAAUAAUUGUUUUUACUUGACCUCAAAGAAAUUUAGUGUUCCUUUACCCAGGGAUAUUUGCAUACAAUAAAUAACUGCAUUUCGUAUCCAG